AUGGGCUACAAGCAGCACGAGUGGAUGCGGGAGGUCUUGCAGGUAUUCAGUGCCAUGGUGGAGAACUGCGCCGAGCCUUGCCUGCAAGUGCCAUCCCGCCUACUAGAAGAAGCCGACAUUCUCUCGCUAUCCCUUGCAAAAAUUCCAGGCAAGAUUGAUCUCUUGGAGUUCAAGGCAGUUAUGCUUGCGUCAUUGCGGUCACUUCUGCCAAAAACUUGGAACUCAGAAUGUGAGGUCGCAUGGACGUGGCUGUGGGAAAACAUUCAAAAGAUGCUCAAGGCAAACUUGGGGAAGCCUCCGGUGCAGCAGAAAGCACUGCGCAAGUUCUUUAUGAGUAUCGAAGAUGAGCAGCUGGCGGCCUAUCGAACUUCGCUCUACACAACAUUCUUUGGCAAGUGCGCGCAGGGUCAGGACUACUUCAAGCAGUCGUCAACCCGACUUCACUUCAUCGCCGACCGAAUGCUGAUGUACACGCAGGAUGUCUUUAAAGAUCCAAAAGACGUCAUGGAAAGCCUGUCAGCUUUGGGCCUGCGUCAUGUGGGAUAUGGUAUUCCCACAGAGCUCUUUGGCCCGUUUGUCAGUUCGGCCAUCGAGUGCUUCCGUGGAAUGACGAAGGACGAGCAACAGGAGGAGGCUUUUCGAUGGUCCUUGAACUUGAUCUCCCGUGUCCUUGUCAGAACAAUCACAGAAGGGAGUACGUUGGUGAUGCGGGCCAUCAAUGCCAACUGUGCCAAGAUGCUGCGGAAAGCCGUGAGUUGUGCUCCCCGCGGCCUCCGCGCGGAGUGGAUGCUGAAAGUACAGGUUGGCACCCAGUCCAUCUCGCCCCUUCUGUGGAGCAUUCAAAGCGGAAGCUUGGAGGCAGCGCAGGCCAUCCUAGUAGAUUUGCUCACUAUCCGGGCAGAUCGGGACCACUACUACUAUGCAAUGGAUGCGCUUUUCAAUCGGCACCCCGACAUCGUCCGUCGAAUAGGAGAAGAUGGCCCUGAGCUUCUUCCCACGCUGCUGGAUGGCCUCAUCUGGCGGUCCCGAAACACGAGCAACGCAACGCGGCGCGUGAAUUUCUUCAUCAAGUACCUCGUUGUGGAUCCUAAGAACGGUUUCUCGCAGUCCUUCCGGGAUGUCGUGGCCCACGGCAGCCCCUCCAUAGCGUGCCAUCCCUCCGUGGUCCUUGCGGCAGACAUCUUGUGGUCCAAUGUGGUGGCCUACACCUUUUUGAAAAGCAAGCUGUGGUUUCUUCUCAACCUGGUGGUCUUCGUAGUGACCAUGGCAAUCUUGACAGAUUACUCGGACACCGCCUCGUCGGCAUCGCUCUUGGGCAUGUUCAUCGGGCGAACCUUCAUGUAUGUCUUUGGCCUCGGGCAGCUCGUCACUCGUCAUUUUUUCCGCAUCUUCCGUGCUUGCCGGAAUAAGGAGAUCGCGAGAUAUUAUUGCUUCCCAAUCCCGAGCUACUUGAUCCACUUCUCCGAGAGCUUGAGCAUGUUGCUGUGCCUCUCCCUUGGGGUCAUGCUUUGCCAAGAGCCUGUGGUGCACUGCCUGGGCAUGCACACACUCAGUGAUGCGCAGUUUGCUCAGUUCGGUGGUCAAUGCGCGGAAGCAGCGGCCUUGAUUCCAAGCUAUUCCAGUUUUGCUUUCCUGGCAACCUUGGUCUACUUCUUGUUGCUUUUGGAUCUGACGGUGUUCUCUACCAAGCUUUCGACAUUUGUCUUGGUGUGUGGACGCAUGGUCCAGGAAGUGGCGCAGUACUUGUUCGCGCUGUCAUUUGUGGUCCUGACAUUUGCAUGUGGUCUGGCCUCCUCCGACGUUGCCAACGAGCAUUUCUCAGAAAUCCUGCCGGCAAUGCUCAGCUUGUCACGAAUUAUGCUUGGUAUGUUUAGCAGCGAGGAGUUCCAGUACUUAGAGGAGGAGCCCAAGCUGUUGCUCUCCGUGAGCAUCUUCGUGAUUUGCACAACUAUCUUUUUGUUGAACCUCCUCAUAGCACAGCUGAACUGUGCCUACCUUGGCAUUUUCAAGGACAUGCUGGGCUAUGCUCGGUUAAACCGAGGUUCUGUAAUUCUGGACAACAUACCACAUGUGUCACAAAAGCGGUGGAAAGCUUUCGUGGAUUCAUUGAAAAUGGAUGAGAAGCUCGAGUUCAGUGAAGGCGACAUUGGCAUUGCUGGUGGAUUGCAAGUCCUCGAACCUGCCAGCGCCAACCCGGUAACGACUGACUCAAUCAAACGAUAUGGUGGAUCCACAUCACCAGAUUGCCAGUGGCCCGAGACGGCCACCGAUUUAGACUCGGAAGACAAAAUCGACAGGCUCGAAAAGAUCAUUGACAAGGCAGUGAAGAAGAUCAUCAAGGGGACGAAAGCCAACAAGGGCUCGUCGGGCUCAUCCAAUUCCCAGUUGGCCGGCACUUCGUCCUCGCUGGGCGAGUCUAUGAACGAGUAG